AUGGCUAACGAAAUUAACGAAAUCAUGGCUAGACAAAUUGCCAAUAUGCAAGAUAGAAUCCAUAAGAGUGAAGAUGCAAAUGAAAUUUUCCCCAUAGGUAAGUCAGAAUUUUUCGAAUCCGAAAGUAAUCUUUUGCAAGAUACGCCUCCACAGGUACCCACCAGACACGUCGAUUCUGCGGUAAAUGACAAAAUAGAUGAUGAGAAAAAAAUGGACGGACAAGGUAAGAAAGACGAUAAACCGUCACCGUUUCUUUUAAAAUCCGUUGCACUCUGUGUGGUCAUUUCAUUUGGUGGGUUUAUUGUUGGUUGGGAUAUCGGUAUCAUAGGCGGUAUCACCAACAUGGAGAGUUUCCAAGAAAACUUUGGGCCUCUAGUAAAUUUGAAUACUGGUCGUCAUUAUUUCCCAGAAAUUCUAGUCGGUCUUGUCAUUUCCAUCUUUAGUAUUGGUGGUGUCAUUGGUGGAUUGACCAUUGCGAAAGCUGGUGAUUGGAAAGGUCGUAAAUUGGGCAUGUACCUCUCCAUGUUUGUCUAUUGCCUAGGUUUAGCCAUUCAAUUGGUACACGAUUAUUCAUGGAGUCAGUUUUUUAUCGGUAGAAUUUUAACAGGUUUGGCUGUUGGAUCCACUGCAGUGUUAGUCCCCAUGUUUCUUUCUGAAAGUGCACCAAUUGCAAUCAGAGGUGCUAUGACAACUUUGUACCAGUUGAUGGUAACUUUUGGUAUAUUGAUGGGCAAUGUCUUGAAUUAUAUUCUACGAAAAGGACUGGCAGAUCCUUUAGAUAACAUCUCUUGGCAAUUACCUAUCUAUAUGGGAUACGUCUGGGCUGCUACCAUUGUAACUGGAUUAUUUUUUACACCUGAAUCUGCUAAUUUCCUGUUGACCAAAAAGGGAUGUGUAGAAAGCGCUAAAUUCUCAUUUGCCACUAUGAAUGGCAUUGCAGAAGAUGAUGAUCUAACUAACAAAUUUGUCGAACAAACACUUCAACAACAGUAUGAAACUGAACGUCAAUCCAAUGGAUUGGGUCUUUUUGAAUUUGUCACCGGUAAACCGAAAUAUUGUAAACGAUUGCUUGUAGGCAUCCUUGUGAUGACAUUCCAACAGUUAUCAGGUAUCAAUUAUUUCUUCUAUUAUGGAACAACACUUUUUGAAAAGGCAAAUUUGAAUGAUCCAUAUUUAACAUCCAUAUUCUUGUCAUCAGUCAAUUUCGUAUCAACAUUUGGUGGUAUCUAUUUGGUCGAAGCUUUAGGACGUAGAUCGUGUCUUUUAUUGGGAUCUAUGGGGAUGUUCAUUUGUAUGCUAGUGUAUGCUACUGUAGGAACAUUUGCCCUUGAUGCUAGCGGUUCAGGAAUCGUUAUGAUUGCAUUUACGUGCAUUUACAUCGUAUUCUUCGCCACAACUUUGGGGCCUGUAAGCUUUGUAGUGGUAAGUGAAUUGUUCCCCAUGAAGACGAAGGCCGUAUCUAUGGCAAUCUGUUCAUCUUUUAACUGGAUGUUUGGUUUUAUGAUCUCAUUGUUGACUCCAGUAAUAACUGCAAAAAUUGGAUUUGCUUAUGGGUACUUCUUCACCGCGUGCUUACUCUUAUCAGCUAUCUUUGUAUGGAUAAUGGUUCCUGAGACUAAGGGUAAAUCAGAGAGUGAUAUCGAUUCUUUAUAUGAGAACAAACGCUAG